AUGAAUAAGUGCGGGGGAAUUUUGUGGGUGCGGGGUGCGUUUGAUAUCACGCAUGCGCAGUGUCAUACCGGCGACGGCAGUACAAACGGUGGCCUAGCGAAUAACAACAAGGGGAUUACAGAGCCCAAUUUGACAGGCUGCACAAUGAGUCAGGGUAAGGACAAUGCACGACUCAAGAGCUACAAGAACAAGUCCCUUAACACAGAUGAAAUGAGAAGAAGGAGGGAAGAGGAAGGCCUACAGCUUCGGAAGCAGAAGAAGGAUGAACAGCUUUUCAAGAGGAGGAAUGUUGCCACAGUAGAGGAUGAUGGCCUCCCGGAGGACGAUGGGAUGGCAGAUAGUGGCUAUCUGGAGUCCCAGGCUAACAACAUGGACCCACUCACGGGUGGGGUGAUCUCUGAAGACAUGACUCAAAUGAUCUUCUCCAGUACUCCUGAGCAGCAGCUUAUAGGCACUCAACGCUUUAGGAAGCUCCUUUCUAAAGAGCCCAACCCACCCAUCGAUGAAGUCAUUGCCACUCCAGGGGUGGUGGAGCGCUUUGUUGAGUUCCUAAAGAGGAGAGAAAACUGCACAUUGCAGUUUGAGGCUGCAUGGGUGUUGACCAACAUUGCAUCAGGUACAUCCCAUCAGACUCGGGUGGUAAUCCAGGCAGGAGCUGUGCCCAUUUUCAUAGAGAUGCUCAGCUCGGAUUUCGAAGACGUACAGGAACAGGCAGUGUGGGCCUUGGGAAACAUCGCAGGAGAUAGCACAGAAUGCAGAGACUUUGUCAUAGACUGCAACAUUCUGCCUUCCCUGGUGCAGUUAUUAGCCAAACAGAAUCGUCUAACUAUGAUGAGGAAUGCAGUGUGGGCGCUUUCAAACCUGUGCAGAGGAAAGAACCCACCUCCAGACUUCACUAAGGUGUCUCCGUGUCUCAGUGUGCUGUCUUGGCUGCUGUUCGUCAAUGACACAGACAUCCUGGCUGAUGCAUGCUGGGCACUCUCCUACCUAUCUGAUGGCCCCAAUGAUAAAAUCCAGGCCGUUAUUGACUCAGGAGUCUGUCGCAGGCUGGUGGAGUUGCUGAUGCACUCUGAUUAUAAGGUGGUAUCCCCUGCACUGCGAGCUGUUGGAAACAUAGUCACUGGAGAUGAUCUGCAGACACAGGUGAUUUUAAACUGUUCAGCGCUGCAGUCCCUACUUCACCUCCUGAGUAGCCCCAAGGAGUCCAUCAAGAAGGAAGCCUGCUGGACGAUCUCCAACAUCACUGCAGGGAACCGAGCACAAAUACAGAUGGUGAUAGAUGCAGGCCUGCUGCCUCCUCUCAUCACUAUCCUGCAGGUAGCUGAGUUUCGCACAAGGAAGGAGGCAGCCUGGGCCAUAACCAAUGCCACCUCAGGGGGCUCUGCAGAGCAAAUUAGGCACCUUGUGGAUCUCGGCUGUAUAAAACCUCUGUGUGACCUACUCACACUUAUGGACUCCAAAAUAGUUCAGGUGGCUCUAAAUGGCCUAGAAAACAUCCUGCGACUGGGGGAAUUGGAGGCCAAGAGGGGAGGAGGCAUCAACCCUUACUGUGCACUCAUUGAAGAGGCCUAUGGUCUGGACAAGUUGGAGUUCCUGCAGGGCCACGAGAACCAGGAAAUCUACCAGAAAGCCUUCGACCUUAUCGAGCGCUACUUCAACACUGAAGACGAGGACCCGUCUCUGGCUCCAGCCGUUGAUCUGCAGCAGCAGCAGUUCCUCUUCCAGCAGUGCGAGGCCCCGAUGGAAGGCUUCCAGCUAUAAUGCUCAAUCCUCCCUCCCCAUGUGCUUCACCUUCAUCCUCACCUCUGCUCAUUUCUCCCUACUCUCUGCCCACUGCCACGAUCAAGGGUUACGAGUAAACUCUCAGCUGCCCUCCUCCUUCCCUUCUCAUCGUCAGAGAGUUUGAUUUAAUCAUUAUCAUGAUUAUGAAAAAUGUAACAUUACAGGAGCACGUGUGUGCGCGUACGUCCAACGUGGGUGAAGUUCUGCAGUCUUGUCAGCCAGUUUGUAAAGGUUUCACUCAUCAUUCUGUCUUGCGCUGAGCUCACCUCUGCGCCUGAACCCCACCUACCUGCUCAGGCCCCAGCGUCUCCUACUAGCAGAUUGUCCCUGUUACACCACCUCUGUUGUACUUUGUGGAUUUCCUCAGCUCAUCCCAAAAAAGCACUUCUUGCCGUAGGAUUGGCAAUCCCUGUCUUCAAUAAGUGGGAGUCUGUAGGACUGCUGCACUGCUUGUCUGAUUUGAAGCAUUAAUGACUCACAAGACAGACAAACAUGGACGUUUUUUUUUUUUUUUAUAUUCACACAC